GUGUGUGUGUGUGUACAGCGGAAGUUUGCUACAAAAUGAAUGCAGCUGCAAGCAACCACAACAUCAACAUCAACAACAACAGCAACACAAUAACAACAAUAUCAUCAACAACAACAACAAUUGCAAUCAACGCUGGAUCUGCUGCAACGGCGACGGCGACGGCGACGGCGGUGAUUAGCGAAGACCUUAUCAAAACAAAGACAAAUAGUAAGAUGCAACAGAACGUGGUUGCGCUAACUGCGGAUGAUAAUGAGCAUGAGCAGCAUCGUGACGCCGAUAACGAUAACGACGACGAUGAUGAUGUCGAUGAUUUGCCACAGGCAUUGCCAUUCUGUUUUGUACGCGGCUCCGAUCCACGUGCCGCCACCUGUCGCGGCAAGUUGCAAAGCCGUCGCUGCAAAUUGAAUCAGGAAAUAAACAAGGAGCUGCGCCUGCGCGCUGGCGCCGAGAAUCUUUACAAGGCCACCACGAAUCGCAAAUUGCGCGAUACUGUGGCGCUGGAGCUGAGCUUUGUUAACUCCAAUCUGCAGCUGCUGAAGGAGCAACUGGCCGAGCUGAACUCAUCCGUGGAGAUCUAUCAAAGCGAGAGUCACGAAGGCAUUAUGCCCAUGAUACCAUUGGGCCUCAAAGAGACCAAGGAAAUUAAUUUCAUGGAACCAUUUUCGGACUUCAUACUGGAGCACUACAGCGAAGAGCCGUCCAUGUAUAUGGAUGCCAUAGCCGAUAUGACGGACACCAGACAGGCUUCAAAGACGCCCUCACGCGAUGCCUUGGGCGUAGCUCUGCUGUUUCGCUAUUACAACUUGCUGUAUUAUGUGGAGCGUCGCUUCUUCCCGCCCGACCGCAAUCUGGGCGUCUACUUUGAGUGGUACGACUCGCUGACCGGCGUUCCCUCGUGCCAGCGUACCAUUGCCUUCGAGAAGGCCUGCACACUGUUCAACUUGGGUGCGAUCUAUACCCAAAUCGGUGCCAGGCACGAUCGUCGCACUGAGCGCGGCCUGGACGCGGCCGUCGAUAGCUUCUUGCGCGCCGCGGGCAUCUUUCGUCACAUCUACGACACGUUCACAAAUGCGCCCUCUAUGGACUUGAAGCCGCAAGUUCUGGACGUGCUGGUCUCGCUGAUGUUGUCCCAGGCGCGUGAGUGCCUCUUCGAGAAGUUGCAGCUACAAAUUGAGGCACUCGGCCUAACCGAAUCCAGUCAUCUCUUUCGCGAUCUGGCUGGAGAGGCGGCCCAGCUGUCGCUGGAGUACAACGAGAUGCACAAGAACAUACAAGUGAACGAUACGCACACCUACUUGCCCGAAUGCUGGGCGGGUCUGGUGCCGCUCAAGGCUGAGUUGUACAAAGCUCUGGCACAUCAUUAUGAGGCGCGCAGCAUUGAUGCGUCUGUGGGCGAUGGCAAUGGCGACAACGUGUCGUUGGCAACCAAAAAGAGUCAGACGGCCUCAUCGUCGAAUGAAUCGUUUAUUGGCAAUGCGCGGGAGGCGCUGCAUCAUGCCACAGAGUCGCAGAGCGGGGACUGCGAGGAGGAGCACGUGAGCGUUGUUGCCAUCAAGCGCACCCACUUGAAAGAGGCGCUGGCUAGUCACGAGGAGGCGCAACGCUUGCAGCGCAUGUGCCGUUACCUAAAGAACAAGGCAUCUCUGACGCAGGUCAUCAAGGAGGCAUACUACAAGACUCAGGAGGAGUACGAACGAUUCUGUCUGCACUCGCCGCAAAGAAAACUCGAUGACUGCUAUGAUCUGGUGGAGCGCACUGUGGAAGCUGCCUCCAAGUUUACGCUCACCUUGACGGGACCGGACUUUACUUCGUAUAAAGUGGAGGAUCCGUUCAAGCGCUUGGGUCCCAUUGCAAUAUUUUCGGCGCGUCGCCAUUGGACAGCGCCGCGCUGUGUGCGUCUGCAGAAGGGCUCGGCUAUGUAUCACGAUUCGAACAGCUACCAUUGCCACUGCGCCAGCGGCGAGGAGUGCCACGAGUCGGGCUGCAAGGAGGAGCUGGAGAACUUUGGCUUUCACGUGCGUGGCGAUGCGCCCGUGAUCAUAGCGCACGUGGAGAUCAAUUCACUGGCGGAUCUGGGCGGCAUCAAGGAGGGUGACUUCAUUGUGGAAAUUGCUGGCAUGGAUGUCAAGUGGUACUCACAUCAGCAGGUGGUGCAUCUCAUACAGUCCUGUGGUGCUGCGCUGGAACUGAAAGUCAUCACACCCAUGGAUCGCAACUAUUUGAAGCCACUUUCAUCGAAGGGCUCCAUAUCAACGCUAUCCGCUGCCAGCUCCUCGGGCGUAUCUUCUGGCUCCUCCAGUCCCACCAGCACUACUACCAAGCCCAAGCUGCGCCUCAAGACCUCCGCCAAGUCACGUUUUGUGGGCAGCGUCUCGUCGAGCUCAUGGAAUCCCUUUCGACGCACACCAAGUCUAGCGAAAAUCUUUUAAACGCGCGCAGUCUUCAUUUUUUAUAUUAUACUUAGCUUAGCUUAGCUUAAGUUAUGUGUUUGCUUUAACUAACAAAGCAG